GGUCAGGCGGGAAGCCGUUUCCUUUGUGGCGGAGGCUCUUGGAGGAAGAGACGCCUCUAAGAUAAGAUGGUACCCCUCCCCAGCGGCAGCCUGGUGAUCGUCAGUUGGUUUGUUGGCGUCGGCCCAGCUUGGUGCAGUGAAGUGAGUGCAGGUCGCUGUGCAGGCGACAGACCAGAGAACACAUUUUGUCAUCUCGGUCAUCAUCAGAGGCGGUGCUCGAGGCUUAUAAAUGCUACUCGCCAUAUUUUUGUUUGGAUCUCUGCAGCCACAAGUUCUUGCUCAGAUACAGCCUGGCUGUAAUGUGAGCACAGUGAAUGACUACAUCGUCGCUACGUGUGAUAAUUUAUCUCUUCAGGAAGUACCAACAAACCUUCCCCGAAAUAUCAGUGUGUUGAGUUUCAGCUUCAAUCAACUCACGAAUUUAACAGACCAACUUGUAACAAAUGACUGUGACCUAAACCGCACCGCCUAUCUGUGGUGUAGCCGGUUUCCAAACAUAGAGUACCUAAAUUUAUCUAACAGCGACAUUAAGAUAAUUUCAAAUUAUUCUCUCUUUGGCAUGGAGCAUCUGAAGAAGAUUGACAUUGGGAAAAAUAUACUUGAGAAUCUUCCAUCUCAUAUAUUCAGAAGUAACAGGUUUUUGUUUUAUGUCGAUGUUUCAGGAAACAAUAUCAAGUUCAUACACCCAGAAGUUUUCAAAAACUUGUGGUUUUUACAGGUGCUCCUCAUAUCCAAUAAUCGCAUCGUUGACCUUCACCCCGAGACUUUUGAUGGACUCCUGAGCUUGCGCUAUCUGUGGCUGGACAAUAACGCGAUAUCAAGACUUAGUCCCGAGCUCUUCAAGAAUCUUGGAAACUUAAGACAAUUUAACGUGAACCACAAUCGUUUGAAAUGCAUCUCACAGGACUCUAUGGAUCAACUACCAGACUUAAGAGAAAUUGGAGCAUCUCACAAUCAAAUAACGUUUUUAAGUCCAGCGAUAUUUUCAAAUAAUAUAAAUCUGCAAAUUGUUGACUUAAGUCAUAACUUGAUACGAAAACUAUCAAAAUACACAUCUUUAGACUUGAUUAAAAAAAAAGUAGUUGAUCUCUCUUUCAAUCAUAUUGAGUCGUUGUACCUGAGCUAUCUACCUGUUUCAUUUAAAAGUCGUAAUAAAAGAGUAGAACUCGAUAUGAAUACAGAUUUAUGUCUGGACCAUAUUGGAGUAAAAUAUCCGUGCUUUUUAACCUACGAAAAUGAUAUAAAAGAAAACUGUUUUCAUUGGAUUGACUUUUCUCAUAAUAAUAUAAAAACCCUAAAAUAUAGUAAUAGUAAAGUUGCUCAUUCCUUGGAGUUUGCAAACAUUUCUCUUGCAAGCAACAAAAAACUUGAAAUUAAAGCAUCGUUUUUCAAAACAGAAAGGUUUGUCACGCGUCUUAAUCUUGAUGGAACCAACUUUAAUUGGAAGAACUUGACGCUGAUAAAUGAAUUAUUAGAUCUACCUUAUUUAAAAAUUCUAAGUGUUGUAGGAACUGGUAUUUGUGAAUACUAUACAAGACAGGUGCUGUCGUCUAUUUUUAAUCCUAACAUGCAUGUCAAUGUUAUAUAUGAUGGACCUAUAACUGAAGACUUAUUAACAAACUUAGGCAUGCUGAAAAACAAAAGUGUAUCGUACAUAAUUGAGGACACGAUUGAAUUAGGCAUUAUUAAUUCCACAGAUGAUGAUAUUACAAAAUGUCUGGAAGUCAGUAAUGCCUAUAAUGCAAGUAGUUUGUGCAGUUUUGAAUGUGAAUGCUAUGCGGAUAGCACCGUGACACUGAAAAAAUUCUACCCUUCAAGUUUCGAAUAUCCAUGUGCCUACACACUAGACUGUUCUUAUUAUUCAUUUACCACCCUACCAGAUAUUAAAUCGAAUAUUUCUUGCAUUUUUCUUUCGCAUAAUAAUUUCGAAAGAAUUGAACAGGAUUACUUUAAUGGUUUUCAUGAGAUAAAACUAUUAGAUUUGUCUUACAAUUACUUAAAUUAUUUACCGGAUAAAGUAUUUAAUAAUUUAUUCAGUCUAGAGGUUCUUAGUCUUGAUAAUAAUAAUCUAACUAGUAUACCGCCAAAUCUUUUCAAAUACUUGAGUAAGUUAAAUAUGCUAACUCUCCAUGGUAAUAGUAUAUCUUCUUACAAUUCACAUGCCUUUGUAGAAACACCGCAUCUAGUUGUGAUUACAAUUGACUUUGCUAACUUGGACAAUCUUCAUGACGUGACUUUCCAAAACAUGUCUUAUCUUUCGUUUCUGAGGGUGCGUGAAAACACAAGGAAGUCGGGUCAUAAGAACAUUGUUACUACAGAAUUUCUAAAAUAUCUUUGUACACUCCAAUCACUGAGUGUAGUUGGAUUUAAUUUAAGUGAAAGUUUUAAUUGCUCAAUUUUAUGUUCAAAACAUAUGGAAACCUUGGAACUAAAAGGUAACUAUUUACCUGUUCUUACUGAUGACAUCUUCAGUAGUCUUGGUGACAUCAAUAAAAUUAACGUACCAGCUAAUGGCAUUCAAAGUCUGGGACAUCACACAUUUAGAAACUUGACAAAGGUCAAAUAUAUUGAUAUUUCUUGUAACUCUAUUGAGGUUCUUCAUGCCUCUUUGUUUUCCGAUAUGCAACAACUACAGUUUUUAAAUGUAUCUCAUAACAAAAUAUCUUGUGUUUAUGUGGCAAUGUUUCAAAACUCACCGAUGUUGUUUGGUCUUGACAUUAGUUUCAACAGAAUUGUAUUCAUUGAUUCAAACAUUUUUAAAAAAUUUUAUAAUUUAAAAUUUGUACUUUUAAACAAUAAUAAUAUUACAGUUGGAGGUGAAACACAUUUCCUAAAUGAAAAAAAGACAACAUGCAUCCAUGUAGAUAUAUUAGGUAACAGACAAGAAUUAUAUUUAAAUAUUACGGACAUUGAGUCUGUUUCCCAGAGGAAUCAAAGCAUUGUGUUCAUAAAUAUUUCAAACAAUACCUUUGAACUUUUGGAUGAAACCAUGUUUAUACAUAAUAGAUUUUUAAAGCAAAUCAUAGCUUCUUAUAAUUCAAUUCAUCAUAUUAGCAAUGGAACUUUUAAAAAUUCCGGAUAUCUUGAAAAAAUAGAAUUGAACGACAAUGAACUUGUUGUGAUAAAUGCGAGUAUAUUUAAAAAUUUAACACUCUUGAAUAGUUUAGCUCUGCAAAGAAACCGUAUAGAAUUUAUAGAACACGGUGCAUUUCAAGACCUAAAGGCACUGGAGUUUCUCUGGCUUUCAAAUAACAGACUUAAAACAUUUGACCCAACUUCUUUACCCAGAUCUUUGAAAACUAUAUCACUGAGCAAUAAUUAUAUUAUAAUAAACAACUCAAAUGCCUAUCAACUUAAGAGUUUGAAAGAACUAUAUUUAAAUUAUAAUCCACUGAAGAAUGUUAUUGUCGACGAUUUCUUUUCUUUUCCAUCGCUCGUUGUUUUGGUUCUAGAUCACACAAAUAUACACAAGUUCAGCACAGAGGCAUUCAGGAACACUACAAGCCUUUUAUAUCUUAAACUGAGAAGAAGCUGUGUCCACUCGCUCUCGGGUCACCACUUCUACAACUUGCGACGUCUUCUCGUACUGGACAUUAGCAAGCCAAGAACGCACGGCUGUGCUCCAGGAACAAACAAUGUUCUGAGCUGGAAGAACAUCACCCUGAUAAACUCUUGGUUUGAACAUGCAUAUCUUCAGUACCUGAACCUCGCGGGCCAUGACAUAUGCAAGGACCUGUCUUGGAACCAAGUGAUAAACAAUAUAUUUUUGUCUGAAACAUGGAAAAUCGUCUUUUGCUCAGAAGAAACCGAACUGCCGCAAAUGGUUCUUAGUCCAGACGCUCAUUUGCUUUUAAACUGGGAAAUAAUUCCUUGGCAGUGAUGUUUAUGGAAGAGAGCUUUUACAUAUAUAUUGAUUAUCACCGUUAAAGUACUACAUGCAAGUAAGUAUAUUUUCAGUUAUGGAAUUAAUAAAAAUAAAAAAUCUUAUUUUUUAGCAGUAUUCAAACAAUCUUCCAAAAGUAUGAAUACAGGUAAAUAUUCAACAUUCAUGUACAUCAGGGCAACUUCCACUUCCUACAUAAUUGUUUCACUGGUGUUGUUCUAGAAUCCUACACAUUCUGCAGUUGAAUUCCCGAGUUCAAAGAGAUAAUCUAUUAUAAUUAUAUUAGAUCUAAUGUUUGAUAACUGUUGUGUCUACACUUAUUAGCAACUGGUACAAGAAAAUAAUUGUGGAAAUUGUAGGUUCUACUAGACAGUAUUCAAUUAAUAUUUUUUGUUAGACAUCAUUUACUUUUUUUCUCACAUCAAACACCAAGAUCGACGCAGCCAUGGAAAUAUGUUUUGAAGGUUAUUUGGCUGUGAUAACUCAUUCACCCAGAAUUGCCAGAAAAAUUGUACAUAACUCACCUGACUUGAGUGUAAUACGUGUCUUUUAUGUUCAGCUCGUAUUUUGUGUUACAUUUGCUGGCCUUAAAUAUUUAUGUGUUUCUUCUUAUUGAGCAAUACGACCAUCGAUUUUCAGGUGUGCCAAAAAAUGUUUAAGUAUAGUGCGCAUUCCAUGUGGAUCGAGUAAAAAAAAGCAUUAUUGCAUUUGUAACACAUGCACUAGCCAAUAAACAGUUAAAAUUUUCUUGAAAAAGUGUAGGAUUACAGAUACUUACCGAAUAGUAAAAUAUGCCACGAAAUGGUAGGGUAUGUAAAAAUGUAUGUAAUUUAUAAUUAAGAUACAUAAAAUAUAACGUUUCUUGAAAAAAUUGCAGCAUUAAUUUAUGAAUAUUUAUACCUUGAAUUGAUAGAUCAAAACUUUUGCUCUCUGCUGAAUUAAAGGUGUCACAUUUUUGACACAUGACACAAUCAAACUUUGGCAGAUGAAUUUUCUUAGAAGAUAAAUCAAAUAAUUAGGUUAAUUAUAACCUACAUUAUUCGCUAGAGUAGUGCUUCAAAAAAUUGUGUUUUUGUUUAUUGCGUGAUAACAUUUAUAGCUUGUCUCAUGUUUAGUUUGUAGUGUGCAUUUAAAAGGGCAUUGGUUCUCUCUUAACAAUGCACGAUAUCUUCUGUUAGCGCUGUCCUUGAUUCGGUGUGCUCUGGUGCCAGAUAUACGCGUGAAGGUGCUUGGAGCCAGAAUCUAAACAGCUGUUACAACUAGCAUACAGCACGCUACGCUACGUACCUAUCCCACCCCCUUGCCCCCCCCUUUCAACCGCUAGUGCAAGCGUUGGAGUGGCGUCGCCGCUGACGCACUCUCCUCCUCUACCGGUUCCCCCACCACGUACCUAACUAUUACCCUCACGCGAUCGGAAUUUUCGUAACACUUGAAAAUUGUAUCCCCCUCAGCAAAGAAGUUUCACUUCCAAAACGAAAAGAGAACACUUCAAUUGAACCUGGGCGUUGCUAAUAACAUGCAAAACAAGCCACAACAAUUGAACCUGGGCGUUGCUACUAACCUGCAAAACAAGCCACAACAGUUGAACCUGGGCGUUGCUGCUAACAUGCAAAACAAGCCACAACAAUUGAAUCUAGGCGUUGCUGCUAACAUGCAAAACAAUCUACAACAGUUGAACCUGGGCGUUGCUGCUAACAUGCAAAACAAGCCACAACAAUUGAACCUGGGCGUUGCUGCUGACAUGAAAAACAAGCCAAAAACGGACACAGCGUACAUAAACCGAGCAUUCAAAGUUACAAUUUUUCUGUGACGAACAUGGCACACAUCAAUGCUGCAGAAAAUUCGUUGACACGACGUGCUCUGUAUGGGUGCGAGUUGUUAGGACACUUAAAAAGCCUCACACGGGUCUGGAACCCAGAAUUCCUCGCACCACAAGCCGGCGCGAUUCAGACUGCACGGAGACUGGCUUCUGUACCACACUGCCCGUGACACCUGCACGGGCAAGCUGGGGCCAGGGAGUAACCUUGGGCGAAAAUAUCGGUAGCGAAAUGUUCUUCCUGCUGUUGUUCAAACUGGUGCCUUUUUGUCUGUUCUUUAUUAAUUAAUAUACUAUUUAUAUUUAAAAAAUUUAAUUAUGUUUUAAAAAUGUUAAGUUGCAUAAUUUAUUUGUUGGAUACUGAUAUCUUAAACUAUUCACUUAAAUAAUAAUUGUAAUAUAAAUUUAUACAUAAACACUGAUAACCGCAAUAAAAACCGUGUUCCGCACGGGUUAUACGGUUCAAAAAUAAUAGCCCAAUUAAUCAAAUACCGUUUUAUUCACUACUCCUACUUACACUAUUAAUAAAAUUACAACACUUAAAAGUCUGAUCACAAUUUAAUCACUCUUUCAUUUAGUCCACAGUUCACUACGCCCACUGUAGCUCUCGACUCGACAGUGGCUCUUCCUACUGCUGCUCUUUUACCUCGCACCUCUGUCCCAACACACAGCCUCGCACUACUCACUCGUCCGUCGCACACAGCACAUUCCCGGUGCACCGGGCUCCUCAUACGAGACCCGUUGCUUUUCGUCCACGUUCGCUCGCCGAGAGGUCACUCGCUCUCCUCACUUUACUUCUGUGACCGUGCGUUUGAUCGAGAGACGUUUCUUUUAAUAUUCUACUUCAAAAACAUUAAUUUAAGAGCACAAGAGAAACAUAUAACCUUAUCUGUUCGCCAUGUGGAAUCAUCAAUUCUUGUGACACCACUAGACAUAGAUGUGCUACUGCUGUGUGCUGUUAAAGACUGUAAACUUCAAGAAAAACCUUAGAGGGUUCCUUCCCUUCAAAAACAGCUUUAAACUCAGGGGUACCAACCGAAAUCUUAGUAAGAAAAAUACAACCGGAAGACUCGCCUGUGCAUCGAUUGUUUGGACUACAGUGAAGAACCUUCUAGAACUUUCUGUAGCCGUUCCAGAAUUUCUGUUUCGUCCCAGAGAGGUUGAGACGCAAUAGUAGGAAGGGGGCAGGAAUUUAGGGUAUAGAUACUCGGGGUUUUAGGUAGUCCAGUAUGGAGCAGCAAGGACCAUCAAGAAGACAUCACCAUGAAUAAAUGACAUUAGAGAUAUGGAGGGGGGCGCAAGAGUCUUGUGUUUAUUUUCUUUAAUGGCCAGUAAUUUUUCAAAGUCUAAAUGUCUGCUAUUAUACAAUGAUACUUGUAAUUUUCACUGAUGUUUCUGACACCUUUUUUUCCUUCUACUUUUUUUGUAUAUGAUGCACCUGGUAAAGUUUUAAGUAAAUUUUAGUUUAUAGCGCUCAUAAUACUAGUCUGUUGACUUUUUUGUAUGUGAUGCACCUGGUAAAGUUUAAAUUACGUAUUAGUUUAUGGUGCUCAUAACACAAGUCUGUUUUUCUCUCUGUGUGUGUGUUCUCUGCUCCUACUAUGCUAUUUACAUACGUUGGUCAUGUGUGUUUCAGAUUAGUAAAAAUAACUUAAAUACAGAACUACUGUAACGUUAAAAAUUAAAUUGUGUUAUUUUUCAGAGAUCAAGAACUUAUCACUCUCACCUCAAAACAUUGGUUUUAAAGUAACACCGUGAGAGUAAAAUGAUGAAAACGUUUUUGAGAUAUAUAUUUUGUUUAUUAAAAAAUUAAUAACUUCAUUGUACCUGAAAAUUAAUUAAGAUCAUAUUGAUUAUUAUUAUACACACAAACACACACCGGUCAGCUGGAUCUUCUGUCCGCCUCCUGCAGCGCUGCACGGCGGCGCCACUUGGAAACACGUUCAUAACGUCACAGCACGCUGCAAGCCAAACUCCCUUACCACAAGUUACACUCUUCCUUUUCAGCGUUUCUCUGUCCUUUGUUACUGUCUAUUUUACAAAAGCAACAAAAAGGCAGUAAACAUAUAAUACUCAAAUUGCAAUAAAGUAAAUUAAUACAUGUGACGGGGACGUCAAAUCGUACUCUGUAUGCUUUAAUAGUUUAUGUGCUAAUGGCCACUUGUGAUCCCUUUUGAAUUUUUUGUUUACUAUACGCACUAUGAUCGUUUAGUGCAUAAGAUGCACUUUAUUUAUUUUUUGUGCUAGUAAUUUGUGUAGGUUUUGUGCUGCCAUAUAGCUGGUUAAAAAUUUAGGACCUUGGUUGUUUUUUUUUUUGUAUCUGAUAAAUAUGAUUUCAUUUUAUUAAUAUUAUAGAUCCUAAAAUUCAAAUGUUAAAAUAUAUUUAGAGAAUAUUAGAGAAUUCAAAACUAAGUUAGCAUACUAAAAAUCAAAAGCUAAAUAAAAAACAUAACAUAUAUAAUCUAGUUCUUUCACUGAGUUUCUGCUAAACACAGAUAAAGGUCAAGACAUGGGUUAUUAAAAUCAGGUCCAUUUAAAGAUUUUAACAUAGAGAUCGGCCCUCUCUGGGGAGGUAUGUAUUUUAAGUGAGUCGAUGCUUGCAGUGAGUGUCUGGGUUAAAUCAAAUCAGACUCAAGAGAUAAAAAUUGAAUAAUGAUUUCGAAUUCGGUUUUAACUUGGAUUCUACAAUAACUUGUUUCGAAUCCGCGUUUAUAGUCUACGAGGUGUAGGAACUUAGUGUACGUUUUUCCACUUCAAUGUCCUUGCCGUAAGAGUACAUCUUGUGUUCAUACGACUUAGGAGAAGUGAUUGUUUUCUGGCAUGGUGUAUCGCAAUUAACCCUCUGCCGCUGUUUCUGCUGUGUUUCAUUAAAGAUUGUCGGGCGCAUCCAGGCAGAAGAAGCUGCUAGAAGGUCGAGUAUUGCUGGUGCGAGAGCACUUGAGGAUCAAUACUGGAAAAGUGGUUUCUGAGAACAUCCGUUUAGGAAUGUCGCAACUGCGCAGGAAUAUGUUAACAUUAUAUAUAUAUAUAUAUAUAUAUAUAUAUAUAUAUAUAUAUAUAUACUGUGCAAGUGUAUAUAUACAGGUAUAUUCGUCCAUGCAAAACCCUCGGUGGUUAGAGAGGGGAAGUGAUCAAACGAACAGCUCGAUACACUUCAAUACGCGAGAUUGAGUUUCAGAGUGUUGGACGAGGAUCACUCCGAGUGUCUCUCUCUCUCUCUGAUGUGCCCGGCGGGAUGGACGAGGAAUAAAGCCAGCGGAGCCUCUCAAAGCACUCGCGCAUACCGGGAAGUUGUCUCGCUGUGGCUGAUUCGUCGUAGAGAACCGCAGCUACCGGCGUGAGCG